AUGGCGGCGAUCGACGAGGAGGACAUUGAGCAGAUCGUGCGCGAGGCGCCCACGCGCUUAGGGCAGAAGGAGAGGCGCGGCAAGCCCAAGCAGGAGAAGGUCAAGCACGUGGCCAAGUACACGCGCGGUGGGGCCAUCUCGCAGCGUCGCAUCCGCAACAUCCGCGACAAGAAGCUCAAGGGCUCGUUGCAACGCGCGUAUGAGCAGCACCAGCUCGCCGCCGAGUCAGCGGCCAAGUCGGAGAUCUUACUGCCUGACCAGGCCGGGUACCUGGAAGCCGAAGGACUCGAGAAGACGUACAAGUUCACGCAGAAGCAGCUCGCCGACAACGUGGACCUGAAUACCGCCCGCAAGAUCUUUAGCUUGGACUUGCCCGACUACGGAUCGUACCGUGUCAAGUACACGCGCAAUGGACGGAACAUGCUGCUUGGGAGUCAGAAAGGCCACUUGGCGCAGAUGGACGCGUUGCGCAUGAAACUCACGUGUGAAUUCCAGGCCAACGACUUGGUGCGCGACAUUAGUUUCUUGCACAACGACUCGCUGUUUGCUGCAGCGCAGAAAAAGCACGUGUUCAUUUACGACAACACGGGUGCUGAGGCACAUUGCAUCCGCACGAUCCCAGAGCCUCGACGGAUGGAGUUUCUGCCGUACCACUUUCUGCUCUCGACCGUGAGUGGCAAUGGACUGCUGAGCUACCACGACGUGACUGAAGGGAAACAGGUAUCGACGCACCGAACAAAGCAGGGACUAUGUGACACGAUGGCGUUGAACCCGUGGAACGCUGUUGUAAACCUCGGACAUGCAAGCGGGAUUGUGACAUUGUGGACACCAAACAUGUCGGAUGCUGUCGUCAAGAUGCAGUGCCAUCAGGGACCGAUUCGCUCCAUGAGCAUUGACGGCAGUGGAAAGUAUCUCGUCACCGCUGGUGCGGACAGGAAAGUGAAGGUGUUUGACCUGCGCAAGUACCAAGAGUUGAACAGCUACUACCUAACAGCGGCAGCUAACACAAUGAGCGUGAGUCAGCGUGGACUCGUAGCAGUAGGCUUUGGCCCGAACGUACACGUGCUCAAGAACGCCUUCACAUCGGGCUCUCCUAUCCGGCCAUACAUGACGUACCAGAUUCCAGGCUCAAUGGUCAGCUCGAUCGCAUUCCGUCCGUUUGAAGAUGUGCUGGCUGUUGGCCAUGCCACGGGCUUCAACUCGGUGGUGAUUCCUGGCGCAGGUGAGCCGAACUUCGAUACGUACGAGGCGAACCCGUACGAGAACCACAAACAGCGUGACGAAUCCGAGGUGCGCUCACUGCUGGAGAAGAUCCGUCCAGAGAUGAUCACAUUGGAUCCGAAUGCCAUUGGCCGUGUGGACAUGGACCCAGCUGAGGAGCAGGAAAACAAGAUUUAUCAGAUGAAGCGUGCCAACGAAAGUGGCAGUGUCAAGAAACCAAAGAAGAAGAUGCGCGGUAAAAACCGUCCGUCGCGGCGGUUGCGCAAGAAGCAGCAAAAUGUCGUCGACGCUCAGAAACAGCAGUGCCGCGAGCAAUUGGCGAGCAAGCAGAAACGCGCAUAUCGACAGGAGCAGCAGCGCGAGUGGGAUGGAAAAGCUGAGAGCGCGCCUACAGCGCUUAAUCGAUUCUUCAAGAAAUAG